AUGCAAUCCGUAAAUUGUUUACCUAUAAUUCCAGACAGACUAUAUUUCACCAUUACCCGAAUAACACAGCGAUCUAAACCAACAAUGUUUAGCUAUUCGAUCGAUACUGAUGAAGAAUAUCAAUACUAUCCUUUUUUUUCAGAUUUUGGACCUUUAUCUUUACUUCAAAUUCACAAAUUCAGAUUACUAACAAAUAAGAUAUUAAACGAGCAUGCAGAAAAAGUACAAUUCUUUACAAACUUAAAUCAACAUACAAUUGCAAACGCAAGUUUAUUAUUAGCGAGCUAUUUACUUAUAGAACAACAUUUAACUCCAGAGGAAGCUCUUAAACCAUUAUCUACUAUUCUUCCAACACUAAAACCGUAUCGAGAUGCUUCAUCCUUGCCAUCCAAGUACAGUUUAACAGUAGGAUCAUGUAUAAAAGGAUUAUACCAUGCCAUGCAAAUAGGUUGGUACAAUCCAGACAACUUUGAUGCCCAAGAUUGGAAAAAAUACGAACAAGUAGAGAACGGCGACAUGAAUUGGCUUAUUCCAAACAAACUAUUAGCAUUUGCAUCACCAUACGCUACCAAUUGUAUACGAGGAGGCUGGAGAGUCGCAACUCCUCAAGAUUUAGUACCUGUUUUCGCAGAAAAGAAGAUUACAAGAGUUGUCCGUUUAUGCCAGAAGUUCUACGAUGAAGAGAUAUUCAAACGAGCCAGUUUCGAACAUACAGAAUUGUAUUUCCUUGAUGGAUCAACUCCUCCUCCAGAAAUCUUAACGCAAUGGCUAAAAAUCAUUGAAGGAUCUGAUAUAGUUGCUCUACAUUGCAAAGCUGGCCUUGGAAGAACAGGAACUUUGGCCGCAUGUUAUAUGAUUAAAGAUUUCGGAUUUACAGGACACGAAGCUAUUGGCUGGAUAAGAUUAUGUCGGCCAGGAAGUAUAAUUGGCGAUCAACAAGAUUAUGUUCUUAAAUAUUAUGAAAAUAUUUCAGGAAAAACUGCAAAAACAGUAAAAACUCCGAAAAUUUCUUCUGAAGAUGAAGUUUCUCAUGCUCCGACCAAAGUAUUGAGAAAUGCUCUGAAAAAGGACAUUCCACACAAGACUAGCGCUGCUUCUAUUUACGACAGGAACUCAAUGACAAGCGGAUUACAGGUAACUGGUGUCCAUUUGACACCAAAGACACCUCAACCAAGAAAAUACAACAGAUCUAAUUCUGUUGUAAGGAAAUAA